CUUGGACAGAGGCAAAGACAAAAAGGCUUACCCGCCGAUCAGAAGCAGGGCAGCUACUCAGAGACCACCGGAGUCCAAAAUCGGCCGCCAUGAAGAUGGAUGCUCGUUACUUGGUUCUCGUAUCAUCCAUCCUUCUAUUGAAUUUGGCCUCUCAAUGUUCCAGAGCUGAGGUCAUUACUUUGACGCCCGAUACGUUCUCCGACAAGGUGAAAGAGAAGGACACUGCUUGGUUUGUCAAAUUUUGUGUACCUUGGUGUAAGCAUUGCAAGAAUCUGGGGUCGCUGUGGGAGGACCUCGGCAAGGAGAUGGAGGGCGAAGAUGAGAUAGAGAUAGGAGAAGUUGAUUGUGGCAACAGCAAACCGGUCUGCACCAAAGCCGAUAUUCAUUCUUAUCCUACCUUUAAACUUUUUUACGAGGGUGAAGAAGUCGCCAAGUAUCAAGGCCCAAGGAAGGUUGAAGCAUUGAAGACUUUUGCUUUGGAAGAGGCGGAAAAGGCAGCUGCGAAGGCACAAGGCGUGGACAAGGAUCUAUGAGCAUGACCUUAGCAAACGAUUGAUCGAGGUCUCUCUUUGUAUCUGUGGUGUAAUGCUUUAGAAUUUGACUCUCUUUUUCCAGAUACAAUUGUGAAGACCCUCUUCUCCUUUACUAGAAAGCUUAACGCGAGGUUGAUAAUGGUGCAGUCACUGGGGGCAAGUUGGCCACUUCUUUUUUUAGGGUAUGCAACUGGAUAUUGAGGAAUGAGAGGGGGGAUGGAAGAACAAUCAGAUGCUAGCAGUGAAGAGAAUCUGCUCGUUUUUCCAGCAACCGGAGUCACAUUAGGUGAAUGAAACUCACUUAUUUAGACAGAGAUGAGGAAAUUUUGAACGCGUGCACUUUUUAUGCAGGGUACGCUAAAAAUGUGCAUUCCAGUGUAUUAAUCACGCGCUUACUGCUAUGGGAGCGACGAAUGUUAUUACUUUGGAUUCGUUCACUUGCUUACUGGAAAAGGCGAAAGAUCAGCCAAGAAAUGAAACAUAAGCACUUUGAAUUUUUGUGGGAAUGAAAUUGUCGUCGUCAGCCUUUUUUGUA